UUAAAUCUGAUGUUAAAACAAUGCACAAGUGUAUUUUAAUGAUUUGAGUUACAUACUUUGCAAUAAAACAAAGCUGUUAAGAUGAUCCUGAUCUUGACAAAACGGCAAGACAGCAUUGUGAAACCCACACCAUUUUUGUCGGAGUUAUUCAGAAAAAGUGAUUCUUAAGAACUGUGGGAAGCAGGAGGCAACUUCAGAGGAACCGCGAGCAUCACGCAUUUCACCAUAAGAUGAUGAUUCGCUUGAUAGUGUUGGCGUUGAGCCUUAGUAUAGUAGUCGGACUCGGCAACGAUGAACUCACCUUCGUCACAGCAGAUUGCAGAGUUGAUAUAAUUUUGCCUUGUGCCCUUCAAAACUGUAAGAACUACACCUCUGUUACGUGGUACAAGUUCUACAAUAACAGCAGUGACAAAUCUACAAUGACAAUCCUCAAAAAGUCAGAAAAUGUCAUCCAAACAGAUAAGCACAAUGAUUCUGUGUCACUGGAUAAAAACGCAUCUUUGGUCUUGAGGAAAGUUGCUCCUUCAGAUUCCGGGAUCUACAAGUGUUUAAUUAGAGCCAAGGCUGGAGGAAAGAACUGUCAAAAGUCGUUUAGACUGAAUAUCUCAGAUUGUGUGUCAACACCUUCACCCAUUAUCGUUGAUUACUCCACCACUAAGUUUAUUAAUGGGUCAUGGGCAAACAUCAGCAUCCCAGUGACUCAUGUGGAUGAUUCAGAGCUCUUUGUCUUCUGGGGUUGUGUAGGACUAGCUGUGAGUAAACUUGUCCUCAGUGCUGUGUGCAUAUGGGUUCUCGUUGAGUUCAGACAACUUAGAAGAAGAAGACAGACCUAGAUCAACCAUUGUUUUUCAUCACCUUCUAUGUUUGUUUCCAUAUCGUCUAUAUAAA